UGCGGGGGCGCGCGCAUGGCGGACGCGCCGGGGAGCCCCGGGGGAGGAGGGGGCAGCCACGAGAGCGGGAGCCCGAGGGGGGGCGGCGGGGGAGGGGGAGGCGGGGGAGGGGUCAGGGAGCAGGAUAGGUUCCUCCCCAUCGCGAACAUCAGCCGUAUCAUGAAGAAGGCCAUCCCGGCCAACGGGAAGAUCGCCAAGGACGCCAAGGAGACCGUGCAGGAGUGCGUCUCCGAGUUCAUCUCCUUCAUCACCAGCGAGGCGAGCGAUAAAUGCCAGAGGGAGAAGCGCAAGACCAUCAACGGCGACGACCUGCUGUGGGCGAUGGCCACGUUGGGUUUUGAGGACUACAUCGAACCCCUCAAGGCCUACCUGCAAAAGUACAGGGAGAUGGAGGGUGAUAGUAAAUUAACUGCAAAGGCUGGUGAUGGCUCUGUGAAAAAGGAUGUACUUGGUUCUCAUGGAGGAAGCAGUUCAAGUGCGCAAGGGAUGGGCCAACAAGGAGCAUACAACCAAGGAAUGGGUUAUAUGCAGCCUCAGUAUCAUAAUGGGGAUGUCUCAAACUGAAGAUAGGACCUUUUCAUGCAAUCAUUGCUAGGUGGUUUUAUUUGGUGCUGCAGUUUUUAGCUAAUAUAUACUACACCUCAUGGUGAGCAGUAAAGGAACUUGUUACCACCUCUAGGUUCCAUGUUCGUCAACCAGAAAUGAUGCUUCGAAGGGUCGAGCCAAGGCUGCUUCGCAGAUGUAAAUUACUCCCGUGAGGAUAGUUUCGGGUGUAUUCUAGCUCUGUUGUUGUAUGUAUAUUCAGGAUAAUUUAACAAUUGGUCUUUGGCUGUCAUUCGGUUCCAUAUAUUUGUAUUGGGAGGCAUAAAUUUCCUGUUGUAUUUCGUCCUAAACUAGUGUGUUGAACAAUUGAGAAUAGAUGCUCUCUGUAAUAGU